UUUUCGCUAACAUUCGGUCUGCUACAUCCUGCUCACGGCUCGCCUGGGUUUAACUUUUAAUAGCAGAGAGUAAAACACGUCUGUGUCCGACAUGACCAAUCCCAAAGUGUUUUUCGACAUCACCAUCGAUGGAAUUCCUACAGGAAGGAUUGUGAUGGAGCUGAGAGCAGAUGUGGUCCCCAAGACUGCUGAGAACUUUCGAGCUCUGUGCACUGGAGAGAAAGGUUAUGGUUACAAGGGUUCUGGCUUCCACCGUGUCAUCCCACAGUUCAUGUGCCAGGGUGGCGACUUCACAAAUCACAAUGGAACUGGUGGAAAGUCCAUCUAUGGCAGCAAGUUUGCAGAUGAGAACUUCACUCUGAAGCACACAGGACCUGGCAUUCUGUCCAUGGCAAACGCAGGAGCCAACACCAAUGGCUCACAGUUUUUCAUCUGCACUGCGAAAACCAGCUGGCUGGAUGGCAAGCACGUUGUGUUCGGAAGCGUGGUUGAGGGCAUAAACGUCGUCAGGGCUAUUGAAGCCAGGGGACAUGAUUCCGGCAAGUGCACUGCCAAGGUCGUCAUCAGUAACUGUGGCCAACUUUAAAUACUGCUUCCACUCGACACCUAGCUUCAGUCUCGUGCAUUCCUUUCUCUUCCUUUAAUUUCCUCAUUCCUAUUAUUGAAACACUUGUUACAAAAAAUACAGUGAUGUCAUAAAUAGAACAUUUAACAAAAAUAUUAAAGGUGGAACAAGAAA